AUGGCCGUCGAUGUGGGGCUGGACCUCGGAGGAGUGCCUACGGCACGGUGGCGGAUUUUCAUACGUUUCCGGAAGCCGUUGGGGGAUGUAGGCUUGCUGGAGCUGGACCUCAGCAAUUUCGUCGGGGUGCCAGACCCGGAUGGUCCGGCCGUGUACAGCGUCACUGUGGUGACAGUCGAGCAUGGCGACGCUGACGCUGUGAUGAUGGAGCGAGUCCCUAUGGAUCUCUUUGAGAUGCCUCGUCCGGUAGACAGCGGGGCGAUGGUGGUGACUGUGGAGACUUUCGGUGUGGUCAGCGCUACCGAGACCGAGGAUGCGCCUGCAUUCUACUACGCGGAGGCGCUGACUCCAGUCCUUCUCACCGUGUAUCCCAGCACCGUGCAGGGCGGCAGCACGUUGACCGCCAUUAUCGCCAACAUCACCAACACCACCGAUGCCACCGUCUACCUUGGAUCCUGGCUGGCUUGUGCUGGACUGGCGGACGUGACAGAGAACUGGAGCGACACCGACUGGUGGAAUCUGAGCGCAGGGGAGAGGGUCCUCAACUGCUCAUUGUCAAACGGCACGGCCGGCGUGCACCAGGUGCGGCUGCUCUCCGCCACGCAGGGCUCAGCAGACCCGUCGCUGGCGCCCAACGUGACAUACCUGCCCACCGUGGAGGAUAUCGCGCCCCUGGUGGGCUCACUGGCAGGUGGCACGCCCUUCACGCUGACGGGUGACGGCCUCGCCGGCACGCCGUGCGCGGGGAUCACUGUCGGUGGCGCGGCCUGCGCCGAGGCGGGUACCUCGCCCCUCGCCACUGCGUCGCUGGGCGGCGGCAGUGUCGUCUGCCUCACGCCAGACGCGCUGAACGGCACCUCUCUCGGGGAUGCGCCGGAGCAGGUGGAGGCGGAGAUCGUGCUGCUUAGGCCCACCCCGGUGUCGGUCGGGACGUUUGUGUAUUCUAGGAACAGCACCCCGGCCGUGAGCGCCGUCUCGCCCGAGCAGCACUCGGCCGCACUGACCGUGGAGCUGGUCCUGUCAGGUCAGCUCCUCGGCGGGGGGGGCGCGCCCCCGGUCGUCACCUUCGGCGGCCGGCCCUGCGUCGUCGAGGAGCACAACGCCUCGCACGUCGGGUGCUGGCUGCAGCGCUCUGUACCUGCGCCGCCCUCGAACUCGACGGUGCAGCCCACUGUCUGGGUCGAGGAGAUGGGGCGUGCAGCUGUCGACUCAUCGGCAUCCUUCACGUCCGUGUUCGAGGUGGCCAGUGUCAGCCCCAGCUACGCCUCCAUCGCAGGCGGAGGCGUCAUCACGCUGACGGGGUCCGGCUUCCACCCCACCGACCCGUGGAAGCAGGAAGUGUUCUUGGACUUGCCAGAUGGGACCGAGCACACCUGCGUCGUGCUCUCGGGCAAUGAUGUCGAGCUCCGGUGCCAGAUUGACUCUGCGGCGGCUCCAGACGAUUACAUCUUCAGCGCUUAUCACGUUGGCACCGUCCUUGGGCGCAGGCUGGCCUCAGCUGGGGCCAGCGCGGGCGGAGCACACGGCCGCAAGAUCGACUGCGCACGCGACCGGUCGCCAAAGACAAAGGGCCACUGCCUCGCCAAGUCGGUCAUGAGCAUGGGCAGGGUGCGCUCCAUGGGCGCCGAGCACUCCAUGGCCAAGGGCUUGGCCAGGCUGGCGGCCACCCCGCCCCCGCAUGCGUUCUCCGGCCCCUCGGCAGGAUGGGAGGCGGCGGUGGCCACAGAUCCUGCUGGCCGAGGGCCACCGAGCGCGGCCAGGCGCAUGGCGGCGGCCACGGAGACGACGAGCGCCACGAGCAGCAGCGUCACGCAGACGAGCAGCAGCACGCCGACCAGCAGCACAAGCACGCUGACCAGCACAACCGCCAGCAGCCUGACGUCCUCAAGCACAGAGCACACCACCUCGGAGACAGCGACCUCAACCCUUACCGCGAUCACUGAGACCAGCACGACAUCACCCCACAGCACCUCGGAGACUUCCACCUUGACCAGCACAACCGAGACGAGUUCCUCGGAGAGCAGGAGCGUGAUCACAACACAAACAUCUACGCUAACGAGCACCACGCAGACGUCCACGUCCGAGACGAGCACCACCACUGCGACCACCACGAGGUUUCAGGACACCGUCGCUGCUGUCAGGCUGACGCUCAACGGUGUCACAGCGCGCUGCGUCUCGGCGGAGGGUUGUAGCGUUCUGUACUCCCAGGCCGCGACGCCGAAGUUGCUGGGCGUGACGCCGCUCAACGGGACCAAUGGCACCAACGUCACAGUGACCCUCGAAGGCCAACUGGACGGCAGCAAGAUGAAGGUGCUCUUCGGCGACGUGCAGUGCCCGGUCUCGUCCUGGAGGGUGGAGCCUGGCGACUACGAGCUGUCCCAGGGAGAUUUGUUCGGCCUCGGGGGACUCAACCUCACGCAGACGGUGCUGCAGGUGCCGCUCUGCGAGUUCCCAGCGUCGGAGGUGCCCGUCCACGUGCUCGCAGACCCGGAGGGGUACGCCCUGCACGGCUCCCCGUACCUUGGCACCGACUUCCGCUUCGAGCAGCAGCUGCACCUCUUCGGGCUGAGCCCAGAAAACGGCUCUUUCCACGGAGGCACGGAGCUGACCAUUCUGGGAGCUGGCUUCAGCUCCGUGCUGGAGGAGAACCUCGUCACGAUCGGCUCGCGGGUCUGCCCGGUGUCCGCGGCCUCCUUUGGCGAGCUGCGGUGCUGGUCCCCGCCUGCCCCUGGGGGUGUCGAGGGAGCGCACGAUGUGCGCGUCGUCGUGGGACCGUCGGGGACGGGCGCGGGCCUUUCCGCCGACUUCUACCUGUUCGGCUCUUAUGUGGCAGUCGACGACUUCGGUGGCCACUCGCCAGACUCGUCGGGGACCACACCAGUCCUGAACUUCGAGAGCGACGUGGGCACAGCGCUUGGCCUCGGUGCCACGACGUACUUCGGCGUGCGCUGGCGGGGCUACUUGACCAUCGCCACCCCAGGCGCCUACGUCUUUUCGCUGCUCUCAGACGACGGAAGUGCCCUGUGGGUAGACGACGCCCUGGUUGUGGACAACAAGGGUGUCCACUCGACUUUGGAGGUCAGCGGCAGGGUGGCCUACUUGGAAGAGGGCGACCAUGACAUCGAGGUCAGGUACGUGCAGACCACGGGCGGUUCUAAUCUCGUGUUUAGCUACGCUGGGCCUGACACAGGGGAGGUGACCGUGGUAGUUCCAGAGACGGCGUUGAAGCCUCUGCAGAGCGGCGCCGGGCCCCAGCUACAGUUCGAGUAUUUGAGCGCAGGGUCCUCCCCCGCGGCGUUGGCGACCACGAUCGCGUCGGCUGCGGCCGAGGUGCAGUUGCUCGUCGACGGUGUGAGCUUCGGCAGCGCGCCAGGGGUCGUCGCGCUCGGCGUGCACCGCGACCCGACGGCCAACCUACAGUGCAUCCCCACGUCCUGGAGCGACGCCCAAGUGCGCUGUGUCGCCCGGGACGUGCCUGGUGGCUCUUGGAGUGUACGCGUAUGGCACCCGAUCGCGGGCUGGUCCUCCAUGGCGCCAGAGAUGCUGGAGAUGGCCCCAACCGUCUCCGAGGUCGAAGUGCAGGGCGUCGUGCUGCCCGCCGGCACGGACGGCACUUUGCGCGCGGGGCUGAGAGGCGGGAUCGAGCUGACGUUGCGGGGCCAGCACUUCGGGCUCGACCUGGACCAGACUGAGGUCCUCGUCUGCGGCAGGCGCUGCCAGAUGUUGGAGGCUACCAACAGCAGCAGCCUGCGGUGUGAGACGCCGGAGCUCAGAAGUGCAGAUCUGGCAGGUGUGUACCCCGGCGCUUUCCCCGCUGAGGACUUGGCGCCUUAUGCCCGCUCCUUCUACACCGACCAGGGCGCCAGUGACGAGAACGAGGUCGCCCUGGCGAACAGCACAUUCACAUCCUCUGUAGACCACGAGAUCAACUUCUACUACGACUUGAGCUGGCACAACCGCCAGGAGUGCUGGUUCGCUUUCGAGCUGCCCACGUACCAGGUGGCGCGCCUCCAGACCGUGAGCAUAUUCCCCCCGACCGACCCCAACCAGCGGGAACUGGCCAUCGAGACCAUUUUCGAGGUGAGGAAUCUCUCUGACGGCUCCGAGUGGACCGCCGUGGCCAGCCUCACAGAGGCCGUCGUCACUGGGCAAACCAUCGCACAGGGCUGGAACGUGUUUGGCACAGAGGGGGUGGUGGCGCAGGCGUUCCGCGUGCGGCUGCUGCCCAGCAUUUGCAAUACCCAGGGGGAGUUGAUGCGCGGUGCGCGCUUCAGCGGGGUGCUGUUGGACGCAGAUGACUCUGGCACUUGCAAUAUUUCCAUCGGGCACGUUGUGCACCCGCUGGCUUCAGAGGCCAGCGUGCCCGCCCCCACCUCUGUGGAGCUCUUGCACGAGUUCGAGCGCACUCCUCUGCUGACGUCGCUGUCGCCGACAAGCGGGUCCGCGAGAGGAGGCACGCUUGUGACGCUGCGUGGCUCUGCUCUAACGCCAUACAUGAGCGACGCUCCCACUUCUGACCCCGCGCUCAUCAGGGUGCUACUCAACGGGUACGCCUGCGAGGUCACUUUUGUUAACGACACGCACGCGGAGUGCUUGACCGCAGUGCGUGACAGAGGCAUCAACCCAGCGUCUACAUCGGUGUGGGUAGCCGGGAAAGGCUACGCCACCAUCGUAGGCGCCGGGAACGAGACCACCUUUCGAUACAUCGACAGGUGGAGCGACGUGCGCAGUUGGCUCGACUCCGAGCCGCCGUUCGAUGGGGACUCCGUCAUCGUGCCAGAGGGCCAGGCUAUUUUGUUGGACGUGGACUCACCGAAGCUGUUCCUUGUCAUCGUCAGCGGCGUGCUGGAGUUCGACCGGAAGGACCUCGCCUUCAACGCCACGUACAUCUGGGUGGCCGGCGGAACUUUCUCCGUCGGCACCGAGGCGGACCCCUUCCUGCAGAGGGCAACGAUCACGCUCCACGGCGACCGGUGGUGGACGAUCGAGUUGCCGUUCGUUGGGUCCAAGAUGCUCGCGGUCACGAACCUGGGCGGGCUGCACACGGGCUGCUCCACGCAGGGCCUCCGCCUCACGAGCGCCGGCUUCACGGCGGUCUCGAACGUGUGCGGGGUCAGGUCCGUCGGCAAGCUCGACCUGCACGGCCGCCCACAGACGUCGUGGACGAGGCUUGUGGCCACCGCGCCGGUGGGGAGCACCGUGCUGCUACUGGAGGAGCCCGUCGAUUGGGACGUGGGCGCCAAGGUGAUCUUGACGACGUCGCAGCUGAACGUUGCCGACGAGGUGCUCACCGUGAGGUCGGUGAGCCAGGACGGCUUUGCCCUGGAGGUUGAGGAGCCUCUGCAGCACGAGCACAUCGGUGAGUGGUACUUCCACGACAACACCACGCCGACCGACCUCCGGGCCGCCGUCGGGCUGCUGACGCGCAACGUGAAGGUGCAGGGCGACGACGCCUCUGAGAGGCACGGGAACGCCUACAUGUUCGGCGCCCACGUCGGCGCAUUCAUGGGCGGAGAGCUGCGCAUUGAGAACACCGAGCUGUUCAGGACGGGGCAGGCAGCGAACUUGGGAAGGUAUUCCUCGCAUUGGCACGUGCUCUCGUCGGGCCGCAACGUCGACGUCAUGGACAUCGCCUACCUGCGGAACAACUCGUACCACGACACCUUCCAGCGGGCCGUGGUGGUCCACAGCACGGACUACGCCACGGUGCAGCACAACGUGGCCUACCACGUGCGCGGCCACAUGUUCUUCACCGAGACUGGCCAGGAACAUUACGCCCUCUUCGAGCACAACCUCGCGGUGGCGCCGCUCCCGCACCACCUGCUGCUGGACGACGACGACACCCCAGCGGGCUUCUGGCUGCCUGGGUUCACGGGCUGGCACCGCUCGAACCUCGCCGUCAGCGCCGCCCGCGGCUGGCGCGUCAGGAAACUGGAGGGCGUGGCCAGCCAGCAGACGGACCUGACGUUCUUCAACAACUCCGCGCACGCCUGCGGCUUCGGCUGGCACUUGAAGCCCCCGCACGCCCCGCCCACACUGAACACCUUCCAGACGUUCACCGCCUUCCGCUGCUCGACCGGCAUGUUCUACUAUGGCACGGGAAACAUUCACCACAUCGACCACAGAUUUCUCGAGUGCGGCACUGGCCACUUUAUGAACCACUUGUCUUCCGGGCUCCAAACCGCGCCAUUCUACUUGGACUUGCUGCUCGUCGGCAGCGUCGAUCCCAUGGCCCAGUGGUCCAGAGGGACUGGCCUCGGCAUACGCGCGCCGAAGGACAACGAGAACUUCUUCGUCUCGGGUAUGAAAGUCGUCAACUUCUUCAGCACGCCAGCUUUGUACGGAUGCUUCAAAACCAUGUGCACCAUGCGUUUCGAGAGGCUGGAGUGGUACAAUUCUAACGUCCGCACGUUUAGCAGUUCUGACAUAUCGGGCAUUUUCCACGACCUCGAUGGAUCGCUCACCGGGUUCCCGAACGGCUUCGUCGCGAUGCACACGCCCUUCAACGAGUUCGACGGCCUGUGUCAUGUCUCCAGCCAGCACACCGGUGGGAUCGUUUGCGGCAAGCACGACGGAUCCCUGCGCAUGCGCCGGCUCUUGGUGAACAACCAGCAGCCUUGGCAGUUGGACUACAACUCGUUGGCCGUGCAGACGAACAUUUCAAAGAGCGACAUCGUCUUCACUACACAGCUUCUUUACGGCUGGGCUGUUCCUGUGGUGAGCGGUCAGGAUUACGACUUGCAGAUCGACAAUGCGAACGACUACCAGCAGGUGAGCCUCCACUAUGGAGGCACUUGGAACUACGUCUUCCAGGAGCACGGUUGGACCACUCGCGUCGCGCCCCAGGACGAGGGUGUCAUAGUGCACCUCAACUACUCGACCUGGCGAGACCAUUUCGACGCUGCGCUGGGCACGGCGCUCAGCAAGGAGCCCACGAUGGACCAUCCGUUCGGAUCGUUCUCGAUGAAGCUCUGGCUGCACCAGUGCGAGCUCUUCGACCUCACCAACGCGAGCAGGGACACCUGCGACGGGGAGUACGUCAACCAGACGGGCCUGAGCCUCAAGGCCGACCUCGAGGAGCAGCUCUACCUGCCCCAGGUGGGCGGCCGCCUCACCGCGGCCCUCUCCGCGCACGUCGCCUCGCCGUCGCCGGUCUCGCAGACGUUCUGGGCGCGGGAGUGCCCCGACGAGGCGGGUGGCCGAUCCCUGACGAGGAGCCUGUGGUCCUCAUGCCCAUCAGGCCGUGGUCCGACGCGUCGAGGUGGCCCUCCGGUCGGCUGCCCGAGGCGGGCGACACGGUCGUGA